GAGCCGCGGCGGCCGCAGCCGCGUUGCGGUGGGGAGGUGGGAGCCGCGUUCGGCAGCCGGGGAAGGAAACGUUAUAAAAAAAGCCUUUGUCUUGGAAAUCAGCAUCUCAUCUUUCCUGCCGCCCGACGUGCUGCCGGCGGUGGUGGAAAGCCGCGGUUUUUUUCGGCUCAUUUGUUCUUUUCGCCGCCCCAGGCAUGUCUUGACAUAGCUGCGAGAGACUGCCGUUUUCGUACACUUCCGACGGAUGUCUUUGGCUGUAGCGAUAGUGUUCGGGGUUUGAGACUUGGUAGCGUCUAUCGGUGCGAGCGUGUGUGAAAUUCCCAUGAUCGCAGUCUGAAGGAGGAACUGGAAGAAAGGAGCAGUUGUGUUGGGUUUUUCUUCUUGCUGGGUCAGCCUUCCUGGAUGGUUGCAUUACUCUCUUGUGGACACAUUGUCAAGCGCGUACAGAGAAGGAGGCUUGAGUAUUUUCUCCCGUGACUGGGUUUCGUCGUGAUCAUCGUGCAGAAACAACCACUUUUCUCCCAGUUUGCUGGUCCGCACUGAGGCAGCAGGAAUAUGCUCAUGAAGGAGUACCGGAUCUGUAUGCCUUUGACAGUUGAAGAGUACAGAAUUGGACAGCUGUACAUGAUAAGCAAGCAUAGCCAUGAGCAAAGUGACCGAGGUGAAGGUGUGGAAGUGGUGCAGAAUGAACCCUAUGAAGAUCCAAACCAUGGCAAUGGUCAGCUAACAGAAAAACGCGUCUAUCUCAACAGCAAACUGCCUAGCUGGGCUAGAGCAGUUGUUCCCAAAAUAUUUUAUGUUACAGAGAAGGCUUGGAAUUAUUAUCCUUAUACAAUCACAGAAUACACAUGUUCAUUUUUGCCUAAAUUCUCCAUUCAUAUAGAGACAAAAUACGAGGACAACAAAGGAAGCAAUGACAGUAUUUUUGACAAAGAAGCUAAAGAUUUGGAGCGAGAAGUCUGCUUUAUUGAUAUUGCCAGCGAUGAAAUUCCUGAGCGCUAUUACAAAGAAUCAGAGGAUCCUAAAUAUUUCAAGUCACAGAAGACUGGGAGAGGCCAAUUAAAAGAAGGCUGGAGAGAGACACAUCAGCCAAUUAUGUGUUCCUACAAACUCGUGACUGUGAAAUUUGAAGUCUGGGGACUUCAAACCAGAGUAGAGCAAUUUGUACACAAGGUGGUCAGAGAUAUACUAUUGAUUGGUCACCGGCAGGCUUUUGCCUGGGUUGAUGAGUGGUACGAUAUGACUAUGGAUGAUGUUCGAGAAUACGAGAAAAAUAUGCAUGAAAAAACCAACAUUAAAGUUUGCAACCAACAUUCAUCUACUGUGGAUGAAAUAGAGAGCCAUGCCAAAGCAAGAACAUGACAAUGGAUGAAGUCCGAGAGUUUGAACGAGCAACUCAGGAAGCUACCAACAAGAAGAUUGGGGUUUUCCCACCUGCAAUAUCUAUCUCUAACAUUUCCAUGCCUUCUUCAACCCGCAGUGCUCCAUCUAGUGCUCCAUCAACUCCUCUCUCCACAGAUGCUCCUGAAUUCCUAACAGUUCCCAAAGACAGGCCUCGGAAAAAGUCUGCUCCAGAAACUCUCACUCUUCCAGAUCCAGCGAAAAAAAACCUUUAAAUUUACCCAGCAUGUUUCCUCCUGAUAAGCCAUGUCUACCACAGCAAGAGUGACGUAACUCAAUUUCUACAAAGGUCAUGGUGGUGUGUUGGUUGUUUUUUUGCUUAAAAUAAUCUUACUGGUGUGGAAAGGUUACUUCUUUCCUCAGACUUGAUCCUUAAAACCUUC